UGAUUCUCCCUUAGGACAGCUGGGGCUCACUCUCUCUUUUUCCUUUUUGGCUGAAGUGCUGAGCUGAGAGGGUUUCUUUAUUUGCUGGCCCCUUGCAAGACUGCAUCAUGGAGUGUGGAGUGGUUGCUACUCGUGUGAAAGUUUUCCCUGGAGACACGGUUGAAGUGAAAGGCAAGAUCUUGCCAGGUUGCAAAGGUUUUGAGGUGAAUCUGGGCAAGGACUGUGACAACCUGGUGCUACACUUCAAUCCUCGCUUUGACUGCAAGGGGGACGUGAACACCAUUGUGUGCAAUUCCAGGAGAGAUGGAGUAUGGGAAGAUGAGGAAAGAGACUCCCAUUUUCCAUUUGAAGAGGAUGGCAACCUGAAGGUUUCCUUCACUUUCAAUACCUCUGAGGUAAAAGUGAAACUGGCCGAUGACCAUGAGAUCUCCUUCCCUAACCGACUGGGCCUUGAUGUCAUUGAAUAUAUAGCAGUAGAGGGGGACUUCAGAAUCAGAGUUCUCAAAUUUUGCUGAUGGGUGCUCAUAUUCAUGCUAUAUGGCUGAAUAAAGCCAUCCCGUGCUUUCAGGGACAGGCCACUUAACAUGUUUUUGUAAAAUCUGAUGCCUUGCUGUUCUCAUUCUUAUGGCAUCCUGACCACUCAAAAGUGCUAACAGCAAAGGGGCUUCUUGCUUGCUUGUAUCUACUACAAUAGCCUGCCUUGAGAAUGGGUUCUUGUAUUAUAAAAUAAAAAUCUGGAUUUGAA